AUGGCUCACUAUGGGACGGGGAUAGAGGUCAGGCCCCCUGUGGUACGGCCCGGCGAGGGUGCAAGGCUCACGUCCCUCGCCUUCCCAUUUCCCCCCCCUCCCAGCGUCAGCGAGACCCACCAGCUGGCGGAGGCCAACGAAAGGAAGAAUGAGCGGCUCCGGGCGGCGUUCGGGAUCAGCGACAGCUACGUGGAUGGCAGCUCCUUCGACCCCAAGAGGCGGGCCCAGGAGGCGGCCGAGAAAGCUGAGCAGCAGAAGCUGCACGGCACCGUCCGGGAGCAGGUCCGUUCCCGGUCGCCGUCGCCCAAGCGGCGGAAGAAGAAGAAAGCCCGGAGCAGGGACCGGUCGGGUUCUCCGUCUGCUCACUCCAAGGAGAAAAAGAAGAAACGUUCCAAAAAGAAAAGCAGGUCUCAGUCCAAAUCCAAGAGUAAAAAGAAACACAGGUCUAGAAGCCCCAAGAACAAACGUGGAUCCAAGGACAAGAAGCGCAAGAGGAGCCCCAGCCACUCAUCCCCGCGCAAACAUCGGAGAGUCCGCAGUUCCUCCGCUUCCCGGCGUUCCUCUUCCUCCCGGAGUUCCUCGCCGCCACGAAGCAGGUCGAGGAGUCCGCGGACGGUCCCCAAAGCCCCCCCAGCGCCUUCCCGGGGCAGCCCCUCGUCUAGGGCGGAUGGGGAAGGUCGGCCAGUGGAGGGGCCAGCUGGGGACUCCUCUCCCCCUCGCGGGCGGCACGCGGGCACUCCAGACAAGGCCAGCGGGGUGACCAGGAGCGGCAGCGGGAACUCUGGGCACGGACCAGCCAAGAGCAAGAGGGAGGGCUCCACUGACCAAUCGCCAGUCCUCAAGUCCAGACAACAGGCAGCAGUGUCACCCCCUCCGGCCAGGGAGGACGGUGGGGGGGACUCGGCGCGUAGCCCCCUCCUCCCGGCCCUCCGCUCCAGGAGGGCUGACGGAAGAGGGACUCAGAAGAGAGGGCCGGAGCCCGCUGGGCGCAGCCUGACCCCGAGGCGUGAGAGGUCGUCGUCACGGAGGAGCCCCUCUACCCCCAGGCACCGGAGGUCGCGCAGGAAGAGCGAGUCGCCCGGCCACGCCGUCUCAUCAUCCUCUUCAUCACGGCAGACCAGGGCGUCACCAAGGAGGAGCCCGUCGUCACGGCGCCAGAGGUCAUCUCCAAGGAGGAGCGCAUCGCCGAGGAAGAGCGUGACGCCAAAGCGCCAGAGGUCGUCACCAAGGCGCCAGAGGUCAUCACCGAGGAAGAGUUCAUCACCAUGGCGCCAGAGGUCGUUGCUGAGGAAGAGUUCAUCACCAAGGCGCCAGAGGCCAUCGCCGAGGAAGAGUUCAUCACCAAGGCGCCAGAGGUCAUCGCCGAGGAAGAGUUUAUCACCAAGGCGGCAGAGGUCAUCACCGAGGAAGAGUUUAUCACCAAGGCGCCAGAGGUCAUCGCCGAGGAAGAGUUUAUCACCAAGGCGCCAGAGGUCGUCAACAAGGAAGAGUUCGUCAAUAAGGAAGAGUUCAUCACCAAGGCGCCAGAGGUCGUCAACAAGGAAGAGUUCAUCACCAAGGCGCCAGAGGUCGUCGUCGAGGAGGAGUGUGACACCAAGGCGCCAACGGUCACCACCAGGGAGAACUGUGUCACCAAAGCGCCAGAGGUCAUUGCCGAGGAAGAGUUUGUCACCAAGGCGCCAAAGGUCAUUGCCGAGGAGGAGUGCGUCACCAAAGCACCAGAGGUCAUCACCGAGGAAGAGUUCAUCACCAAGCAGCAUAUCACCAAGGCACCAGGGAUCUCUGAGGCGGAGUGUGUCGCCACGGCACCGGAGGACGUCGCCAAGGUGCCAGAGGUCAUCGCUGAGGAGCAGUGUGUCACCAAGGCGCCAGAGGUCGUCGCCGAGGAGGAGUGUGUCACCAAGGCGCCAGAGGUCAUCGCUGAGGAGCAGUGUGUCACCAAGGCGCCAGAGGUCGUCGCCGAGGAGGAGUGUGUCACCAAGGCGCCAGAGGUCAUCGCUGAGGAGGAGUGUGUCACCAAGGCGCCAGAGGUCGUCGCCGAGGAGGAGUGUGUCGCCAAGGCGCCAGAGGUCGUCGCCGAGGAGGAGUGUGUCGCCAAGGCGCCAGAGGUCGUCACCGAGGAGGAGUGUGUCACCAAUGCGCCAGAGGUCGUCGCCGAGGAGGAGUGUGUCACCGAGGAGGAGUGUGUCGCCAAGGAGCAGUGUGUCACCAAGAUGUGAGAGGUCAUCACCAGUGUCGACUAAACCAUUGCUAAUGCGGAAUGUGUCGCCAGGGCAUGAGAGGACAUCACCGAGGAGCAGUGUGUCACCUCGGCACCAGAGUGCAUCGCCGAGGACAGAGAGGUCAUCGCGAACUCAGAGCAUGUCUCCGAGACGCCAAAAGUCAUCGCCGAGGAGGGAGGGGUCGUUGCCAAGGGAGACCAGAGCUUCACCAAGGUGUCAGAGGUCACUGCCAGAGGGGCCCUGCUCCCCGUCGAUGCCACCCAGGCACAGCAAGAGUCCAGUGGCUGAGGAAGGGAAGGACGGCCCUCUGCAAGCUGGGGCCCAGCAGGAGCUGCAGCCCAGGGUGACCCCACCACCCGGAGACAGGCAGCAGGAGGAGCCAGCAAGGGAGGGGCCUCUGCCUCUGGGACAGGGGGACGAGGACGGCCCUGCCUGUGUCCCCCGUCUCACUUCGCGCUCUCCAUCUCCUCCUCCCCCUCCACCUCCUCCUCCCGCAGCAGCAGCCGGCGGCUCAUGCUCCCGCUCGCUCUCUCCUCCCGGCAGCAGGGACCAGGAGGCCGGGAACAGGCUGCGGUCUCCCCGAAAAAGCCAGGCCAGCCCCUCGCCCAGCAGCUCCAGCUCCUCGGACUCCGAGAGUAGCCACUCACCAUCUCCCCCUCCCAGGCAGCGGGAAGCCCGAAAGGACCGCAGCCCUGCUUUGAAGCGCAGGUCCCACCGCCGUCACUCCUCCUCUGAGCCGGUCCGUUGGGUCUCUCGGUCCCCUUCCCGGCGGGGCGCCCCGAGCCGAGGGCGUUCCCGACACAGCCGCAGCCGGAGAGCCCCGGGACAUCGUCGGCACCGAGACAGGGGCCAAACGUCCAGCAGCCGGUCAGACAGCUCCUCGUCCAGAUCCCGCUCUGCUCACAGAAGGAAGCAGGAAGCCAAGAAAAGGAGCCCUCCACCUUCCAGACGGAGGUCACGGAGCCCACGGAAGCCGAUCGAUUCCCUGCGGGACUCCCGGUCGCUCAGUUACUCUCCCGCAGAACGGAGACGCACGCGAAGAUCUAGCGAUUCCAGCAGCAGACGGGAACGGCGACGGAGACGUUCCGAUAGCCAAUCGCCCGUCAGGAAGAGACGGCACAAAUCCCCAAGCCCUCGGGAGCGGCGGAGAUAUCCGAGAUCUCCUUAGAAGGUCCCCCGUUCCCCGUGGCUUGGUUCCGGUGAUAAUGGAUACCAUCUUCCUCCAUUGAAGGCAACCUCCCUCCAGCAUCGUUUUCGGUUCCCUCGAGACUGUGAAGAGAAAAAGAAACCUGUAUAAUUUUGUUUUUUUCUUCUUUCUCUCUAUUUUUACCUCUCUCUUUCCCCCCCCCCCCCCCCCCCCCCCCCCCCUCCCCCCACCACCCUGUGGUUUAAUUUUUUAAAAAAUGUAAUGUGACCGGCUGCGUUCGGGUUAGUGAGGAUUCAGAAUGAGAGACGUUGUUGUGGGGCACGGGGCAGGGUGAGGGGGUUCGCCGGAGAGGGG